CACUUGUAAAGGUAAACCACAAAGGUUAGCCUCACUCAGCUGGAACACAUAUUUUAUUAUCUGUCAUAUUCCUGACCUUUCACUAUUUCAAAAGAGAUUUGGGAUUGCUCAGCGAUUUUCAGAAUUGCUAAUGCACAAAAGGCAAGAUGUAUUUGGAAAUUAGAAGGACUUUUUUUGUGUUUUGGAUUUUUCUUCAAGUUCAAGGAACCAAAGAUACCGCCAUUACAAUACACCAUUCUGAGACUAAAGAUGUAGACAAUGCCCCAAGAAUCGAAACAACUGAAAAUACUGCAAAAAUGCAUAAAAUGUCAACCAUGAGACGAAUAUUCGAUUUGGCAAAACUUCGAACAAAAAGAUCAGCACUUUUCCCAGCUGGGGUUAAAGUCUGUCCAGAGGAGUCCCUGAAACAGAUCUUAGCCAAUCUCCAGGCUUACUAUAGAUUGAGAGUGUGCCAGGAAGCAGUGUGGGAAGCAUACCGGAUCUUUCUGGAUCGCAUCCCUGACACGGGGGAAUACCAGCAAUGGGUCAGUACCUGCCAGCAGGAGACCUUCUGCCUCUUUGACAUUGGGAGAAACUUCAGCAGCUCACAAGAGCACCUGAACCUUCUUCAGCAGAAAAUAAAACAGAGAAGAUUCCCUGAGAAGACAGAUGAGGCACCCACAGAGCAUACCCUGAUGAAGCUGCCUGGGACUCCUGUGCUCCCAACAGUUGUUACCAAUAUCUCACCUGGGUUCUUCCCUCUCUCUCCUGAUGACUCACACAUCCACGAAAUUCUCAACGACUCCCUGAAGGGCACCAAGAAACCCACAAUGGACAGAGAAAUGGACUUCACUAAUGUUUCCGAGAGCGCACCAGAGCAGAAGGUGGAGCUCAUCCUCUCUCUGCCAAACCAGAGGUUCAAGGCAGAGCUUGCUGACCCCAGGUCCACCUCCUACCAGGAGCUGGCGGGAAAGUCACAGCUGCAGAUACAAAAGGUAUUUAAGAAACUCGCAGGAUUCAAAGAACUCCAUGUGUUAGGAUUUAGACCAAGGAAAGAAAGAGAUGGCUCCACAGAAAUGAGACUUAUGGCCAUCUUUACGAGAGACAAUGCAGCAGCAAACAGCCCCCCAAGUGACCACCUGUCUUUCGAGUCUAACAAGAUUGAAAGCGAAGUUGUCCACCGAGGAACAAUGGAGGAGGACAAGCAACCAGAAAUUGAUCUCACGACUAUCAAUUUCAAAAAACUGAUCAGAAGAGUUCUAGAGGAAGAACAAUCUUUGGACAUGGGGACAAUUCAGUUCACUGACGAAUUUUUUGGUUCCUCACCAGUCUCUGGAACAGACACAAGGCUGCCUCUGCCCUUAACCAGCAUUGCAAAGGUGGCCACUUUUAGUCCAGAAGCUGCUUUUAGUGAAUCCAAGCUUGGGACCAUGAGCAGAAAAGGACAUGAUCCACUUGACGUCUCCUCAACUGAUAGUCCUUGGUCUCCACCAGCAAGGGUUUCUGCCUCUUUAUCGGAAACCCCACCAUUCUCUACCAUGUCAAGCAUCUUCUCUCUGACUGACCAAAGUUCCAUGGACAGGACAUCCAUUGACCGAUUAGUACUAGCCCCAGAGGUCACCAUCCCCUCUAGUGAUCAUUCUGCCGCUGAUGAGUUGGCCCUGAAAGUUUCACAUUCGCCUAUAUCUUCAGAUGAUGGCAGGUUGGGUACAGAUGGUCAAGACAUAACCAGUGACCAAGAUACAAUGGACGUGUCAAACACUCCUCCUUUGUUGGGAGAACUGGGACUGAGUGAAUAUGUUUCUAUCCCAGACCAUUUCUUGGAGAGAACCACUCCUGUCCCAGCUUUGCACUACAUCACCACUAGCUCUAUGACCAUUGCCACCAAGGGCCAAGAGCUGAUCGUAUUCUUCAGUCUGCGUGUUGCUAACAUGCCCUUCUCCAAUGACCUGUUCAAUAAGAGCUCUCUGGAGUACCAAGCUCUGGAGCAAAGAUUCAUGCAGCUGCUGGUCCCGUAUCUGCAAUCCAAUCUCACAGGGUUUAAGCAACUUGAAAUACUUAACUUCAGAAAUGGGAGUGUGAUCAUGAAUAGCAAGAUAAGGUUUGCCAAGUCCGUGCCGUACAACCUCAUGGAGGCCAUGAAUGGCGUUGUGGAGGAUCUUCGUUCCAUGGCGGCCCAGCAGCUGGACUUGGAAAUAGACAGCUUCUCUCUUAACAUUGAACCAGAUGACCCCGCAGGUCUGUGCAGAUCCAUAGCUUGCAGCCAAUUUUCCCAGUGCGUGGAGAAUGAUCAGACUGAGGAUGCCAAGUGUCACUGUGGACCAGAAUUCCAGCACCAAAGGGGUGUGCAGGACUUGGACCCCAGCCUCUGUGCCCCCGUGGAGGGGUGCAGGGCUGUCCAGGGACAAGGAACUCCAUGCAGGUCACCAGAUCACUCUAAAAAUCAAGUACAUGAAACAAAUGAUAAAAAAUUCUACCAUCUGCAAAAUAAGAUCAUCAAAAGAAAUUCUGAAUCACUGACUGCAGGAGUUGAAGAAUUUAACCAACGAGAUGACUGGGAAGAAAAUUAACCACCAAAAAUACACAAAUUAUUACUUAAGCUAUCUCAAAAUAGAUGAUUCACUUUUCCAAGGAAAACUAUAUCAUGUAUCAGCAUGCUGCAAACAGGCAGGCACAGUCACAGUGACUGGAAUCUGGGCAGAGCCAACACGGAACAAGCACCCACCAGUUUUCAAGUAUGCAAGCCAUGUACUUGACAAUUAGUAAAUCCUGAAGAAAAAGGCACUUUCUACCAAAACCCAGAAUACCAUCAGUGAAACAUAUUUUGAUUAUUGUUGGAAGAUGACUAAGGUGACAGUAAACCAUGUUUUCCUCUAGAUCACUUUAAAAUGUUACUCAAACAUCAUGUGCAACCAAAUGUAACUUACUGCUGUGGGAGGUGAACAAUACAUCAGGAGCAAGCUCUUAAUAGAAUAUUUUAAUGCUGCCAGAAUACAAUACCAAAUAGUAAAUGCUAAGAGCAACAUUUAGUAGCAGCUACCAAAAUAAAAAUAUAAUAUUCUCUAA